AUGAAGCUGCCUUUGCGUUCUCUCCCUCUCCCAACAUGGCAGCCUCAGCAAAAAAAGAAGAAGAAGAAGGGGAAGACUAUCUCCCUAACGGACUUCCUGGCUGAGGAUGGGGGGACUGAUGGAAGAAGCAACUAUGUUCCCAAGCCAGUCAGCUGGGCUGAUGAAACAGAUGACCUGGAAGGAGAUGUUUCAACCACUUGGCACAGUAAUGAUGAUGAUGUGCACAGGACACCUCCAAUUGACUGUUCCACCCUUCCCACUGCUCCACUGGCUGCUCGGGAGCCCAAUAUCGACAGGAGCCAUCUUCCCAAAUCACUACCCUACACUGCUUUUCUAGGGAACCUGCCCUAUGAUGUGACCAAAGAUUCCAUUAAGGAAUUCUUUAGAGGAUUGAAUAUCAGUGCAGUGCAUUUAACAUGUGAACCCAGCAAUACAGAGAGGUUGAAAGCUUUUGGUUAUGCCGAGUUUGAGGAGCUGGAUUCCCUGUUCAGUGCCCUGAGCCUCAAUGAAGAGUCUCUAGGUAACAGGAGAAUUCGAGUGGACGUUGCUGCUCAAGCACAGGAUAGAGACAGGGAUGAUCAUUCUUUUGGCCGAGAUGGAAAUCAGGAUUCUGGCAAAACAGAUACAGACUGGGGGGUCUGUCCUGCCACAGACAGGUUUGAUGACUACCCACCUAGAAGAGGGGAUGAUAGCUUUGGAGACAAGUAUCAUGAUCAUUAUGAUUCAGACUGGUAUCAUGAGGGAUAUCAUGACGGUUAUCCUGACGGCCCACACUGGGAUAUGGAUCCAUAUGGAGGCUGGGAUGCCUAUGAUGACCGAGGCAGCAGAGACUAUGAUAGGGGCUAUGAGUCCAGGAUAGGCAGUGACAGAAGAGCAUUUGGUAGUGGGUACUGCAGGGAUGAUGACUACAGAGGACACGGGGACCACUAUAAAGACCGAUACGACAGACAAGAUGAUCGGUCAUGGAGCUCCAGAGAUGAUUACUCCCGAGAUGAUUAUAGGUGUGAUGAUAGAGGUCCUCCUCAAAGACCCAAACUGAAUCUAAAGCCUUGGAGCACUCCUAAGGAAGAUGAUUCCGCUGCUAGCACUUCCCAGUCCAGUUGAGCAGCUUCCAUCUUUGGAGGGGCAAAGCCUGUGGACACGGCUGCUAGAGAACGGGAAGUAGAAGAAUGACUACAGAAGGAACAAGAGAAAUUGCAGUGUCAGCUGGAUGAGCCAAAACUAGAACGACGGCCUCAGGAAAGACACCCAAGUUGGCGAAGUGAAGAAACUCAGGAACGGGAGCGGUCGAGGACAGGAAGUGAGUCAUCACAGACUGGGACCUCUGCCACAUCUGGCGGAAAUGAGAAGUCUCUGGAAAAUGAAACGCUCAGUAAGGAAGAAGAUUGUCAUUCUCCAACUUCUAAGCCUCCCAAAUCUGAUCAGCCUCUAAAGGUAAUGCCAGCCCCUCCACCGAAGGAGAAUGCUUGGGUGAAGCAAAGUUCUAAUCCUCCUGUUCAAUCUCAGAGCUCAGAAACAGAGCAGCAGUCUCCUACAAGUGGUGGAAAAGUAGCUUCAGUUCAACCAUCUGAGGAAGGACCAGCAAGAAAAGAUGAAAACAAAGUAGAUGGGGUGAGUGUCCCAAAAGGCCAAAGUGGGAACUCCAUCCAUGGUCCAGGAGAUGGAGGGAGCAAAGACCACUGGAAGGAAUCUGAUAGGAAAGAUGGCAAAAAGGAUCAAGGCUCCAGAUCUGCACCUGAGCCAAAGAAAACUGAAGAAAAUCCAGCCUCUAAGUUCAGUCCUGCAAGUAAGUAUGCUGCUCUCUCAGUCAAUGGUGAAGAUGAAACCAACGGGGAAGAUUACACUGAAUAA